GCUCUGGCAACGCUAAAGACGGUUGCCUUCGCUUGUAGCCGUUUAGCUAGCUAGCUUCUCAAGCUGUCAAACUUUGUCAAACUUCAAAUUUGAUGCCCAAAAUAAGCUCCGACACGCUAUGGGAGCAGGCUGCUGCGGAGGUGCACAGUCGGGAGACUGACGGUGGGGAGGAGGACGGAGGAGAGACGGUCAGCGAGAGGACCGUGUUUCUGAUGGGCAGCAAGGCUGGGGGUAAAACGUCCAUUCUUCUCAGAUGCCUCGACAGGGACGAGCCAUCCAAGCCAACCUUGGCACUGGAGUACACUUUUGGCAGACGGGCUCGAGGACAUAACACACCCAAAGACAUAGCCCACCUGUGGGAGCUGGGAGGAGGGACCUCACUGUCAGACUUGGUCCAGAUCCCCAUCACUCCUGUCAGCAUUAGGUCACUCUCCGUCAUCCUCGUUCUGGACCUGUCUAAACCCAACGCCCUGUGGGGCACCAUGGAGAAGCUGCUGCAGGCGGCACGAGCUCAGCUGGAGAAAGUCUCUUCCCAGGCACAACAAGUACAGAAGGCCAAACCUGGAGCAAAACAACAGACACCAGUCCACUCAGCAGCACGCGUUUUACCCAAGGACUAUCCUGACAGAGAGCUGAUCAGUCCCUUUCCUGUUCCUUUGCUCAUCAUCGGCAGCAAAUAUGACGUCUUUCAGGAAUUUGACUCUGACAAAAGGAAAGUGGUCAGUAAAACGCUGCGCUUUGUUGCCCACUACUACGCAGCCUCCCUUAUUUUCACGAGCAUCAAGUCAGAGAGCUUGAUGUCAAAAACCAAGAGCUUCUUCUCCCACCUGGCUUUUGGUCUGGACAGAGGGAAAACUGUGUCCUCUGACUCCACCAAGCCUCUCAUCAUUCCCGCAGGCUCUGACUCCUUCAGUCAAAUAGGUUCCCCUCCUUCUACUGAUGUAGACAUUACAUCUCUGCAUGCCAAGAACCCAAAGGACCUCUGGAAGAAAGUCUACGAGCGUGUCUUCCCUCAAGAGAAUACCAGUGAGCAGAGGGAACUAAAGGAUCCAGCCAAAGACCCACAGUACAGUGAGCCUCAGAUUGAUGCCAUGAGAGCACAGAAAGAUCAGGAGUUGGAGCAGUAUAAGAGGAACGCAGCUAAGUCAUGGAAAGGACUGGAGCUCGACACAUGAGAGACAAUCAGCUUCAUGGUCACACACACACAUACACCACAUAUUCAUAUAAAUACAAUAUACACUUU